AUGACUUUGUUUUUAAGCGAAUGGAUUGCGUGGGAGUCAGAGUUGGCAAAUGGCGCUUGUCUGGUAUCAGAAACAGUUGAAGUCGGUGGAGCGCACGAGUACGUGGGUACAGCUGCGGCCGUAGAGGCGGCGCAGGCGGCGUCCAUCGGCGGAGGCACCGAGGGCGCUGGCGAAGGCUUCUCGGAUGAGCUCAAGCAAGGACUCAACCAGAUCUACAACGUGUACAUCUGGGCGCAGCUGGACGUGCUGGAGGACAUGUGGCGCAAUGCCAGCGCCGAGGUGCACGCGCAGAUGCCCAAGCAGAUGCUGGUGGUGCGCGACGCGGCCAAGGUGUACGCCGCCGACGUGCAGAACGAGGAGCAGUGA